GUUUGGUUCCUGGAGGCAGAUUUUUUUUUUAAACCCAGCAAGUGUCAGAUAAUUGGAAGGGUGGGGUAAGGCUGCAAACCACGGUACACCUUUGUCAGGACUUGUUUUCAAGCAAAGCCCUGAAGGAAACAAGAGGGAGAGGAGAAGCAAACAUUUUUGAAAGAUCACUCAGCUUUAACACACCUUGGCUGGGGCUGGAUAAAAAAAAAAAAGGCGGCCCUGCAAACUUGUGGAAGACAGGCAUAGGAGGAAGAGAGAGAGGGUGUCUGCUCAAAGCUGUUUCCAGCUCCUCCAGACUCGAAGCCAGGUGGCUAUGGGAUGGAUGUGACCAAGAAAAACAAGCGAGAUGGCACUGAGGUCACCGAGAGAAUUGUCACGGAAACCGUAACUACAAGACUCACAUCCUUACCACCAAAAGGGAGCACCAGCAAUGGAUAUGCUAAGACAGGCUCUCUCGGCGGAGGAAGUCGGCUAGAGAAACAAAGCCUGACUCAUGGCAGCAGCGGCUACAUCAACUCAAGUGGGAGCAUCCGGGGCAACGCUUCCACCUCCAGUUACAGGAGAGCUCACUCACCGGCCUCCACCCUGCCCAACUCUCCAGGCUCCACCUUCGAAAGGAAAACUCACAUGACCCGCCAUGGAACCUACGAAGGGAGCUCCAGCGGCAACUCCUCCCCUGAGUACCCACGGAAGGAACUCGCAUCUUCUGCAACCAGAGGGCGAAGCCAAACACGAGAAAGCGAAAUUCGAGUUCGACUGCAGAGUGCGUCUCCAUCCACCAGAUGGACAGAACUCGAUGAAGUCAAACGCUUGCUUAAGGGGAGCCGAUCUGCAAGUGCGAGUCCCACCAGGAACACCUCCAGCACACUCCCCAUCCCCAAGAAAGGCACCGUGGAGACCAAAAUGGUGACAGCAAGCUCCCACUCAGUAUCAGGAACCUAUGACACGACAGCACUGGACACCAACCUUCCCUCCCACAUGUGGUCCUCCACCUUGCCUGCAGGGUCCUCCAUGGGGACCUAUCACAACAACAUGACAACCCAGAGCUCAUCCCUCCUCAACACCAAUGCCUACUCAGCAGGGUCAGUCUUCGGAAUGCCAAAUAACAUGGCGUCCUGCUCUCCCACCCUGCUCCCCGGACUCAGCAGCUGCUCCUCGGUGUUUGGCAUGCAAAACAACCUGGCCCCCAGCUCUUCGGUCCCAGCCCACGGCACAACCACCGCUCCCACAGCAUAUGGCGUGAAGAAAAACGUGCCACAGCCACCCACUGUCACCAGCACCGGUGUGUCCACUUCUGCCACCUGCACCACCAGCGUCCAGAGUGACGAUCUCUUGCAUAAAGACUGCAAGUUCCUGAUUCUGGAGAAAGACAAUGUACCCUCCAAGAAGGAGAUGGAACUCUUGAUCAUGACCAAGGACAGCGGGAAGGUCUUCACUGCCUCCCCUGCCAGUGUCUCUACAACUUCCUUUUCAGAAGACACCCUGAAAAAGGAAAAGCAGGCUGCAUAUGCCGCUGACACAUGCCUAAAGGCAGAUAUAAAUGGAGACCUAAAUACUGUGUCCACAAAGGGCAAGGCCACCUCCGUAGAAAACCAUAACUAUGACCGAGGCGGCGGCAGUGGCGGUGGAGCCAGAGGCGGCGGUGGCAGCGGUGGUGGAGGCGGUGGCGGAGGAACCUGGGGCGCUGCGCCUGCCUGGUGCCCCUGCGGCUCCUGCUGCAGCUGGUGGAAAUGGCUGCUGGGCCUGCUGCUCACCUGGCUGCUGCUGCUGGGUCUGCUGUUUGGCCUCAUUGCUCUGGCGGAGGAGGUGAGGAAGCUGAAAGCGCGAGUGGACGAGCUGGAGAGGACCAGGGUGCAGUAUUUUGAAGACAAGACGGAGAGAAGUAGCAAGGACCGUCUCCUGGGUGACAUGCCCGGCGUGGGGCCCGGAUUAGGCAAAGCAGACCUGGAUGGCCACAGCCAGGAGGCGAUCUGGCUGUUUGUGAGGAACAAGCUGAUGACAGAACAGGAAAACGGAAAUCUCCGAGGAAACCCUGGUCCAAAAGGUGACAUGGGAAGUCAAGGCCCUAAAGGAGACCGAGGCCUUCCUGGGACCGCAGGAAUUCCUGGGCCCCUGGGCCACCCCGGCCCAGAAGGACCAAAGGGACAAAAGGGCAGCAUUGGAGAUCCUGGUAUGGAAGGACCCAUAGGCCAGAGAGGACUAGAAGGCCCCAUGGGACCUCGUGGUGAACCUGGGCCUCCUGGGUCUGGAGAGAAGGGAGACAGAGGGAUUGCUGGAGAACAAGGUCCUCGAGGCCUCCCUGGUGUCCCAGGUUCUGUGGGUCCCAGAGGUCCCAAUGGCUCUCCUGGUCCACAGGGACCCCCAGGCUCUACGGGUCCCCAAGGGCUCCGAGGUGAAGUGGGACUCCCUGGUGUCAAAGGUGACAAAGGACUUGCGGGGCCCCCAGGACCCAAAGGUGACCAGGGCGAGAAAGGACCCAGAGGCCUCACAGGGGAGCCUGGCGUGCGGGGUCUACCUGGAGCUGUGGGUGAACCUGGAGCCAAAGGCGCAAUGGGUCCCGCCGGCCCUGAUGGACAGCAAGGCCCCAGAGGUGAGCAAGGCCUGACAGGGAUGCCUGGAACCCGAGGCCUACCAGGACCCUCUGGAGACCCAGGAAAGCCAGGUGUCACAGGGCCCCAAGGACCACAGGGACUUCCUGGUAGCCCUGGCCGACCGGGGACUAAAGGUGAACCUGGCGCUCCAGGCAGAGUCAUGACUGCAGAGGGAUCAUCGACAAUCACUGUCCCCGGACCUCCUGGGCCUCCCGGUGCCAUGGGACCCCCAGGACCUCCAGGAACCCCAGGUCCUGCUGGCCCUGCUGGUCUCCCAGGACAACAAGGCCCACGAGGAGAGCCGGGACUUGCUGGUGACUCAUUCAUAAGCAGUGGCAGCUCCAUCUCCGAGGUCCUCGCUGCCCAAGGAGUUGACUUGCGGGGUCCCCCCGGCCCACCUGGCCCACGAGGGCCACCAGGGCCUUCCAUCCCAGGCCCACCAGGACCCAGAGGUCCUCCAGGGGAAGGCGUGCCAGGCCCACCGGGCCUACCAGGAUCUUUCCUGACCGACUCGGAAACCUUCUUCUCGGGCCCUCCGGGUCCACCUGGCCCCCCAGGUCCCAAGGGAGACCAAGGUGAUCCUGGUGUCCCAGGUACUCCUGGCAUCCCUGGCGGUCACUCUCAUGGAGAAUCAUCCAGCACUACAUACAGGCAGGGCCCACCUGGCCCUCCAGGGCCCCCUGGGCCUCCAGGCUCCUUCAGCAGCUCUGGCCAGGAUAUCCAACGCUACAUCGCAGAGUACAUGCAGAGUGACAGCAUCAGGACCUACCUCUCUGGAGUUCAGGGUCCCCCAGGCCCACCAGGUCCUCCAGGGCCUGUCAUCACCAUCACAGGAGAGACUUUCGACUACUCCCAGCUGGCAAGCCAGGUGGUCAGCUACUUGCGGACAUCGGGCUACGGUGUCAGCCUGUCCUCUGCCUCCUCAGAAGAUAUCCUGGCCAUGCUGCGACGGAAUGAUGUGUGGCAGUUCCUGCGUCAGCACCUGGUGGGUCCCCCAGGCCCCCCUGGGCCACCAGGAGUUGGUGGAGAUGGGUCCCUCCUGUCCUUGGACUAUGGAGAGCUGAGCAGACACAUUCUCAACUAUAUGUCAAGUUCUGGAAUCAGCUUUGGGCAUCCUGGCCCACCAGGGCCCCCUGGCCUGCCAGGAACAUCCUAUGAGGAGCUGCUCACCAUGCUCCGAGGGUCUGACUACAGGGACAUCAUUGGACCUCCAGGACCGCCCGGGCCACCUGGGAUGCCAGGCAGCGCGUGGUCCAGCAUCAGCGUGGAGGACCUCUCAUCUUACCUGCACACAGCUGGCUUGUCCUCCAUUCCAGGCCCUCCAGGCCCUCCUGGACCCCCAGGUCCUCGAGGACCCCCAGGUGUCUCAGCAGCUUUGGCCACCUAUGCAGCUGAAAACAGCGACAACUUCCGCAGCGAGCUGAUUGGUUACCUCACAAGUCCUGAUGUCCGUAGCUUCAUCAUUGGCCCGCCAGGCCCCCCGGGGCCCCAGGGACCACCUGGAGACAGUCACUUAAGGGACAACUACAGCUGGGGUAGCAGCUCCUCAGCCAGACGGGGCACUGCCUACAGCUCUUCCGUGGGCAUGGGGGGAGCCAAUGGAGGCUCCCUGGGCGAAGGCAGAACCUUUGGUACAGGAGAUGGGGGUCCCUAUGGCACUGACAUCGGCCCAGGAGGAGGUUAUGGGGCAGCAGCCGGUGGCAUAUAUGGCACCGAUGGCGACUCAUUCCGGGCUGGCUUCACUGGAGACCUGGAUUACAACAAGCUGGCAGUGAGGGUGUCUGAGAGCAUGCAGCGUCAAGGCCUACUACAAGGGAUGGCCUACACCGUCCAGGGCCCACCAGGUGUGCCUGGGCCCCAGGGCCCUCCUGGCAUCAGCAAGGUUUUCUCUGCCUACAGCAACGUGACACAGGACCUCAUGGACUUCUUCCGGACACAUGGAGCUAUUCCAGGCCCACCUGGGCAAAAGGGAGAGGCGGGCACCCCAGGACCCAAAGGUGACAGGGGCCUUGCUGGACAACGAGGUCCUCCUGGGCCACCUGGCCCUCGAGGGCAGAAAGGAGACAAAGGAGACAAGGGCGACCAAGUCUACACUGGGAGAAGGAGGAGGAGUAUUGCCAUCAAGCCAUAAGCUCUCGGACCAGUACUCGGGUGCCUAUGUCCAAGUGUCCCCAGGGGCUGGAACCAAGUCACCUAGCAACACUUGUUUUAGUCUGAACAAAAUGUAUACAUACGGAAAACUCAGACACACAAUGAAACACAGCUACACUGAUUGGGUGGGCCUUUGGAAUAGCUGCAAAAUGUAAUGAGACUUAACCUCUCUGCUAUACAGAUCCGAGCUCCCUGGCUCCUGCAGCACUUAGCUCAGGCCUAAACCUCAGACCCAGCUACAUAAAUGUUGGCUGGGGAGUCUUGGCGCUUUGCCUAAAAAUGAGCCCAGAAAAUGGAAAGCGGGAUGGGGGGCCUUCGCAGGGUGACACUUGAUGGGCGCUUUCUGGUUACUGUUACCAAGGCUUGCUUUCAGCUCCUUCCCUGCUCACUCUGCGUUCUCCAGUCCCAGACAAGAAGGGGCCCUGACAAACUCACUUCCUCAGAGGCAGUGGCGUUUCAGACAGCUAUCACAGUCAAGAUGCCAAUCACCUCCCACUGGUUUCCAAGCUUGACUGGUGGAAGCUAUGGCCUGUGUCCUUGUGCACACCAGAAGUAACAGUUAUGACACCACACUAGACCACAGCGGACAGUACAAGAGAGGCAGAGAGCAAGGAGGAGGGAAUCCCUGAUGCUGGGGAAACGUGGCUUCCACACCCCCGCUCUGCACACAGCGAGUGGCAUGGGACCUGGGUGCAGCUGGUUUUUAAGCACUUUUCACUGUCCAAAACAUUUGUAUGUAAUCUGUAAGAUGAAAAUUCAUUUCAACUGUAAAAUUUUCAAAUAAAGUGUUUUUUUUUCUUUUUUA